UAAAGUUUGAAUUUUGAAAAAAUACAACAGUACAAGAGGAGAUGAUCCUGAGGCAGUUUACUUGGAGCCUUAAAUAUUUGAAUAAGGGAUGGUUUAUGAUGGUUAAUGGAAAUAUGGAUUAAGACAGGGUAGAGGUAUGGUAUUGAUUGAAUAUGUCAGGAAGACAAGUUUGGAAGGAAGGUAGUUAUUAUGAAGGAUAUUGGAAAAAUAGUUGUGCACAUGGUCAUGGUAGAUUAAUACAUGCAGAUGGAGAUUAUUAUGAAGGAGAAUGGGAUAAUGAUAAAGGUUAUUUUUGUUAAUAUAAUAGCGCAUGGUUAGGGGAAAUAUGUUCACGCAGAUGGGGCAAGUUAUGAAGGUAGUUGGAAAGAUGAUAAGUAAGAUGGAUUAGGACAUGAAAUAUGGCCAGAUGGUACAAGUUAUAAAGGAGCUUACAUUUAAAGCAAAAAGGAAGGACAUGGGAUUUUCAAAUGGCCAGAUGGAUCAUAUUAUGAGGGGGAAUUUUUAGAUAAUGCAAUACAUGGAAUGGGGACAUACGUUUGGGGGGAUGGAAGAACAUAUAUUGGAUAAUGGAGAUAAAAUAAAAUGCCUGGAUUAGGAGAGUUUAAAUGGGCAGAUGGAAGAAGAUACAAAGGAUCCUAUCAGAAUGAUAAGAAACAGGGCUAUGGAACAUUUGAUUGGCGUAAAUCUGAAUAAUAGCCUAAUAGCUGAUGGAUCUAAAUAUGUAGGAGAGUGGUACGACGGUAAACAACAUGGGCUCGGUUCAGUUGUUGAUGAAAAAGGUGAAGAACACAGAGGGAGAUGGGAUAAUGGCACAUUAUUGGAAUGGAUUACUUAAAAGGAUUGAUAGUUUAUAUAAUUAACUAUAUAGUAUAUUUCUAAGGUUUUUGUAUUUAGGAGUUAAAAUAGAAAGAUUUAGAUUCCAAAUAAUAAAUAAAUGGGACCUGGAUUAGACGAUAACUUACCUGAAAUUGAAUCAAAUCUAAUCAUCAUCCAUUUACUAACUGUCGAAAGAGUAUGCAAAUCUAACUGUAUUUUAGCCUAGAACUUAUAACUUAUUAGGCUGAGUGCCAUUAAGUGAUGUUUUAAUAAGAUGAACAAUAAAUCAAAAUUUUGGAAGUANUAAAAAGGGAGAUAGGAGGAGAAAAACCUCCUUUCCUCUAAAAUACUAACCGGAUCACUCACUUUUGA